AACUUGGCCAAAAUUGCAAAGCUUCGCCAUGGAAGCACUUGCCCCAACAAAAAGGUAGCGAGAUAGUGGGUGAUAUACACUAUUAUUAAGAAAACUAAAUAAACUAAAAAGCAAACCAACAAUGCAAAAUAAGACAAAUAAAAAAGCAACCAAACUAAACAACUUGCAAGGCCCCAACACCACGCUACUCCUCGUGCCAUGAUGCUAAUCCAAAACCCCAACCACCUAACCCAACCCCCAGCUCCCCAAAUCAGUCAACCCUAGACCGCAAAGAGAAACCGGAUAAGCCUGAAACCAUUAGCGACACUCUACGCCACCAACGAUAGACUGGGAAGCCAAAACCAGACGCAAACCACCGAAGAAGGAAAUGUUCCAUGGGUUGGAAGAGAAAACCACCGGACUACAGUAGCUAUGUGACCAAACACCUGAGAGAAGGAAUGUACAUAAUAAUGUGACAUGUAUUUUAAAUUAUUCACAUUUAUUAUGUCUGUAAAAAAAAAGUGAAGUAAUAUUUGUAAAUAAAUUGAGAAGCCUAGGUAUACUAUUAAAAAAUUCCUAAAUUAGGGGUUUAUAAUGAGAUAAAAUAUAACUCGCAGAUCUAAAUUGUAUUUAUCUUUAAUUAAGGACCAGAAGUGGAAUUUACUAUGCCUUUGUUUUUUGGUGGGAGAUUUCAUGGCCCCGUCACAGCGCCGCCGACUUCAAAUAUAAACACCGCGAAAGAGCGAUUGGAGCUGCAACAGAGAUACGAUGUCGUAUCUCCGCCUACGCCGUCAGCUCUCUUCAAGCCACUUCCUUACUCGUCACAUUUCUUCGUCAUUCUCUACCAGCAACCGCAAAGUCCCACUCCUCUACAAACCCGAAACCAUCGAACUCCAAAACGACGCCGUCACCACCACCACCGCCACCCACCUCCAAAUUCUGUCAUGGGGCAGAGGAGCCUCCGGCCAGCUUGGCGGUGGCAUCGAGGAGAUCCGGCUCUACCCAACUCCAGUAGCUAACCUUCUUGUUCCCUCAUCUUUUUCUUUCUCUCCCUCCCCGGGCCGAUUAUCGGGGCCCAGUAAUAAAGAGGGUAGGAAUCCGGUGGAGGUGGGCAUUUCGUGUGGGCUCUUCCACUCAUCGUUGGUCGUGGAUGGCAAGCUCUGGAUGUGGGGCAAAGGCGAUGGUGGCCGACUUGGCUUUGGCCAUGAAAAUCCUGCGUUUGUGCCCACACUGAACCCCCAUUUGGAUACCGUACGGUCCGUGGCCCUCGGUGGAAUCCACUCCGUCGUUCUCACCACGGGCGGCCAGGUAUUCACUUGGGGUUAUGGUGGUUUUGGUGCACUUGGGCACUCUGUUUAUACUAGAGAACUGUUGCCUAGAUUGGUGGAAGGUUCAUGGAGUGGAAAAAUACGCCAUAUUGCGACUAGUGGUACUCACACUGCUGCCAUUACAGAAUCAGGUGAGUUGUAUAUUUGGGGCCGUGAUGAAGGAGAUGGUAGAUUGGGACUUGGUCCAAAUCGUGGUCCAAAUGAGGGUGGUGGAUAUAGCGUUCCUUCCAAAGUGAACUUAUUACCUGUGCCUGUGGCUGCUGUUUCUUGUGGGGGAUUUUUCACAAUGGCACUUACUGAAGACGGAAAAAUUUGGAACUGGGGAGCAAACUCUAACUACGAACUUGGAAGAGGUGAUAACAUUGGUGGUUGGAAGCCAAAUCCAAUUAUAAGUCUUGAAGAUGUUCGCAUCAUACAGAUAGCUAGUGGUGGAUAUCACUCUCUUGCUUUAACUGACGAUGGAAAGGUACUGUCGUGGGGUCAUGGUGGACAUGGUCAAUUGGGACAUUCUUCUAUAACAAUUUGUAAAACACCUGAAGUGAUUGAGGCAUUAGCUGAUGAGCGUGUUGUCUAUAUUGCUUGUGGAGGUUCCUCUUCUGCAGCUAUCACAGAUGAUGGACAGUUGUUUAUGUGGGGAAAUUCCAAGGAUUCACAGUUGGGAGUUCCCGGAUUGCCAGAGGUGCAACCAAGUCCAGUUAUGGUCAAAUUUCUAAUGGAGGAAGAUGGGUUGGGUCCUCACAGAGUGCUAUCUGUUGCAGUAGGUGCAUCCCAUGCCAUGUGCCUGGUGUCAAGGUUGGAUGCUUGAAGAUAAUCCUGUCAUGAAAUCGCUUCUGGUCAAUGAUUUCUAUGAGCACAUUCCAUCUGUGGAAACAGAGCUCAAAGAGGGAUUUGAUACCAUUGUCUAUUGCGAAUGGAAAUUGCACCAUGAUUGCCACAAAGAUGACAGAGAAGUACCAUGAUUAAGCAUGUGAGAUGUCGACCAUGGAGCUAAUGAUCUAGGUUUUGUCUUGGGAUAUAUUUAUAGGAAAUCCCCUAAGAUUUCACAUAGUACUUUUGCUUUUUCAAAAAAUCUCAACUCUGCGAUUCUGCUAGUAUCUAGACAACUUUAAAAUAAAACUUUGAAAAACCUCAUACAAAACCUAAGUCGGAAUUCCUGAACAUGUAAUUGGGUUCAAUUGGGACACUUCUCGCUUUGUGUAGGAGUUUUAUAUGGCCACAAGGACUACUACCCAUGUAACUACAUAAAAUAAACCAAGAACUAUUAAGAUUGGACUAUUACCCAUACAAAUAAACAUGGUAGUUGUUUUUUGUUGUA